AUGGUGGAUAUGCUGGGCACAAAAGCCAACGUGCUCCAAAGCCGUGAUCCCAUCAGUGAAUUCCUCCAACUUUUACAGGAUCCCUUUGCCGCCCAGCUCUCUUCCAACUCCAUCUACGCUGCCCUUGGUUCUUCCGUGAGCAUCACCGUAGCCGUCGCCUUGGGCUUCUCCCUGGUUAGGCCACUCAACACUGUCGUAUACGCACCCAAACUCAAACAUGCCGACGACAAGCACGCCCCGCCCCAGCUCGGGAAGGGCUUCUUCUCCUGGAUCAAGCCGCUGUGGACGACCACGGAGCAGGAUUUGGUGAGGCUGGUCGGCAUGGACGCCACCAUCUUCAUGCGCUUCACCAGGAUGUGUCGCAACAUCUUUUUGUGCCUAGCCGUCCUGUGUUGUUGCAUUCAAAUUCCCAUAAACUGGUAUAAGAACGCUGCACCCGAGUCGCCUUGGCUGCAAAAAGUUACGCCCAUGAACGUGUGGAACCAGUGGCAGUGGGCCACAGUUGUCAUGUCCUGGGUAACUACCCUGAUUGUGUGCUUCUUUCUCUGGUGGAACUAUAGAAAGGUUUGUGAGUUGAGAAUCCAAUACCUCAGGAGCGAGGAGUACCAGCAGAGCCUCCACGCCCGUACGCUCAUGUUGUACGAUAUUCCCAAAAAUUUGACUUCGGAUGAAGGUAUCGCUCGAAUCAUUGAUAGCGUAGCACCGAGUUCAUCCUUCUCGAGGACUGCUGUCGCACGCGACGUCAAAAUUCUGCCCACCUUGAUCGAGGAGCACGAAAAGACCGUCCGGAAGCUGGAACAGGUGCUAGCCAAGUACCUCAAGGACCCCAAGAACCUUCCCGUUACUAGGCCAGUAUGCCGGCCCUCCAAGAAAGACCCUUCAUUCUCAACCUAUCCGAAGGACAAGAAACUGGAUGCUAUCGACUAUCUCACGCAACGAAUCAAGUUGCUGGAGCUCGAGAUCAAGGAGGUUCGCCAACGGAUAGACAAGAGAGGUUCCAUGCCGUACGGCUUUGCGUCUUAUUCUGAUAUAAGCGAAGCGCAUGCGAUUGCCUAUCUCUGCCGAAGCAAAAAACCACAAGGCGCAAGGGUUACUCUCGCUCCCAAGCCUAAUGACAUCGUCUGGGAAAACAUGCCACUCAGCUCAGCCUCUCGUGCCACGAGGAGACUGUGGAACAAUUUAUGGAUCACUGUUCUCACCGUGGUAUGGGUUGCUCCCAACGCCAUGAUCGCCAUCUUCUUGGUCAACCUGAGCAAUCUCGCACGCGUUUGGCCUGACUUUCAGAAGUCUCUAGAAACGAACAGAAACUUUUGGGCCAUUGUACAGGGUAUUGCUUCUCCAGCCUUGACUUCCUUGGUUUAUAUGGUUCUCCCCAUCAUUUUCCGGCGGCUAUCCAUGAAGGCCGGCGACAUGACCAAGACCGGUCGAGAACGCCAUGUUGUCGCCAAACUAUACUCCUUCUUCGUCUUCAAUAAUCUCUUUGUGUUCUCUCUGUUCAGCGCUCUUUGGUCUUUCGGGGCCACGGUGAUCAAGAACACUGCCACGGAUGAUGACGCGUGGCAAGCUAUCCUUGAUGCGGACUUUGGGACCACCGUCUUCGUCUCGCUUUGCGGGAUUUCUCCCUUUUGGGUUGUUUGGCUCAUUCAGCGUCAACUAGGUGCUGCCAUCGAUCUGUCGCAGCUUUGGAAGCUGAUUUACGGCUCUAUCAUGCGAAAGUUCACGAAUCCGACUCCCAGGGAGCUGAUCGAGCUCACGGCACCGCCGCCUUUUGAUUACGCUAGCUACUACAAUUAUUUCCUUUUCUACGCCACCGCCGCCCUUUGUUACGCUCCCAUCAUGCCGCUUGUUCUCCCGGCGGCAGGGAUGUACUUCGCCAUUGACGUUGCGCUCAAAAAGUAUUUGCUGAUGUACGUCUUUGUCACGAAGACGGAGAGCGGAGGAAUGUUUUGGCGCAUCUUGUUCAACCGCAUCCUCUUUGGACUGAUGUUAUCUCACCUGAUCGUAUUCCUUGUAGUGUGGGUAAGAGGCUUUGGGUACAAAACCCAAGCGUACGCCGUCGUCCCGCUGCCAAUUUUGAUCAUCAUCUUCAAGUUUGUCUGCUCAUGGAUAUACGAUAAUAAGAUCACCUACUAUUCGACACGCAUCAUCAAGCACCGCAAUGCUGAGGAAGGUUUCGGCCUAAAAGAACAAGGCCCUAGAAACGAUCGUCUUGCCUCGCGCUUCGGCCACCCUGCCCUAUACAAGCCGCUGAUUACCCCCAUGGUACACGCCAAAGCUCAGAAUAUACUGGCAAGCGUUUACCAAGGUCGGCUAUCUGAUGGCCGUGAUGCAGGCCUUGGCGACUCAAUGUCUGUGAGCGGGUAUAGCGACACAUACGCCCUGGACAGUAUGGCUUCUGGAAAGAUUGGGAAACUGUCGUCUGCUGUGCCCGGGUUCGAGGUCGUCCCGGAAUCCCGACUGGACUUUGAAUUCUACAAGAAUCGCGACGAAUUUGCUGCUGACCAUGGUGCUGGCGAGUUGUUCGGACGCGCAUCUGAUAUCGUCCGGCCAGACACACCAGGAACCAUGGCUACGGGAUCCGACAACAAUUCUCGACCAGGUACACCAGUAGGAGGAAUGGGCUUCAGCCACAACCGCAGAUUCUUUUCGAACCAGUCUGAUAUGGGCAACACUGCUUAUGUUGGGGGAUACAUGUCUCCAUCGCAACAAUACUCGUCCAAUAACCAGGCGCCCUAUUCGCCACCCAUUCUAGGUCCCGGCGAAGCGCCCGUUCGAUGCCGGAGCCCCCUGUAUCACAUGGGUGACAACGGCAACGACAGCUCGAGCAACCUCGUUUAUAACGCGGCAGGCAUGCCGACUUCAACACCAGCAAGUUUCGAUAUCCCAGACGAUGGCCUGCAUCGGGAAAGGAGUUUCGAUAGCACCAGGUCUCGUGGUGCACUGGGCGGGUUUAGUAUCCCCAACCCACGCGCGCCAGGCGUGCUGGGUGCUUCUCGAUAUGGUUAUGGCAACGUGCCACAAACGGACGACGACAUGAUGCAGACGCCACCUAAUGCAAUUCAAAGCCCUCAUUUCCAGCCCAACCAGGGCCAGAACGACCCGAUGCAGUAUGACUAUUUUAGGGGUAAUAGGAGGCAGGGACCUCCGCCUGGCGCGCCAGGUAGAGGUGCGAAUGGAAACGUGAGUGGGAAUAGUGUAUGGGGCGGGAAUUAGAAGAUCUGUAUCCCUGGAAGAGGAAAGCCGAGAAGGACGGUCAACGAAGUUUUCGAGUCGUCUACAUUGAACAAGGGAAAGAAGAGGGAUAUCCUUAAGUUUUGGGUGCGGAAGACAACUGCCGAGUCGGAGCAUGAACGGCUGGCUUCCUCAGCUCCUGGAGACGGGGAGAACUAACAGAGACACGGGACGGGCAAGUUGCAUUUAUGGGCACUUUGGGCCCCUUACCAAGCAUUGUUUCGGCGUUUUUAUACGGGUGUGUGUGAAAUGAUAGAUUACGAGAAUCAGGGCCCUAGAAGGGUUAUUUGGGUUUUGGAUGGCAAAGGCACAGAUGGGCUGGUGCUUGUAUCAUGAAGUCCAUGUUUCACAUGGAGACACGAGCAGCAGGUCCAGGAAGACGUCCUUUU